GCACUUCAAGUGGUCGGCGACGUGACCAACGACGAAGACGUGCGCCGAUUGGUCGGCGUGACGGUUGACAACUACGGCCAGAUCGAUGUGCUCGUCAACAAUGCCGGCGCCGGCAGUUUUGCUACACUCGACAAUCCCGGUCUGUUGGACCAGUUGGAGCACAUGUUUAAACUAGAUGUGCGAUCGGUGGUAUUGUUGACCCAGUUGGCUUUGCCACAUCUGGAAAAGACCAAGGGCGCUAUUGUUAAUGUGUCUUCAGUGUGCGGCCUUAGAUCGUACGCCGGCUGUUCGGCCUAUUGUAUGGCAAAAACCUCGAUCGAUAUGUUCACAAAGUGCAUCUCGUUGGAGUUGGGCCCCAAAGGUAUCCGGGUGAACGCUGUCAAUCCGACAGCCGUUAGGACCGGCUUUCAGAACAACUCGGGCGCCGGCGAUGUGUUCAACGGAAUGGUGUCUCACUUGGAGAAUACGGUACCGUUGGGUAAACUGCCCGAACCCUCGGACGUGGCCAACGCUGUGCUAUUUCUGUCGUCUCCCCGGGCCGCUUUUAUUACUGGCCAUUCACUGCCUGUCGAUUGUGGCAGUCUUAAUGCAUAGAUGUACCAUGCACAUUUUCACGUCUCUUUAUACUAAUUUAGUGAUACCCACUUGGUAAUUGUCAGAAACUUUAAUCUUGG